CUGAGUGUUAACAGCCAGCGUAGGUAGAUCACCGGACAAACACCACUGCUGCAAGUCAGAACGCAGGGAAGGAGUGAGAAACAGAGAGGGAAAUUCACACGUACAAGGAGAGAAGAGGAGUAUAGCGAGAGAGUGUUUGGGCAACAGGAGCUUGUGGUAGCCAAGAAGAGGGCAGCCAAGCCUGAGGAGAUGCUGUGAGGAAGCGUGCCAAAUGAUGGAGCUUGAAGCAGUCAGCAGGCGGGCACAAUUAGUCAGAAUGGAUGACCAGGACAGAGUAAGCCAAGCAUCCAGCGUGGCCACUAUUUCCUACUUUCCUGUCCUAAAGGAAAGUGAUGGAAAGGUGCAAACAUUUGGGAAAAGAUGUCAGGCAGCCAAGAGAGACCCCAACUGUCCUGUCAUCAUCAGAGGAUGGCUCAACAAGAAGGAUAGCUCUGGUUUGAAGCUAUGGAAGAGAAGGUGGUUUGUUCUCUCCAACUACUGCCUGUUUUACUAUAAAGACAGUAGAGAAGAAUCAGUGCUGGGCAGCAUCCCUCUCCCGAGCUACAAAAUCCUGUUCUGCACACCACGAGAAUGCAAGAACAGAAAGUUCACCUUCAAGGUGGUGCACCAGGGAAUGCGCUCUUAUUUCUUCAGUGCUGACACUCAGGAGGACAUGUUGGGUUGGGUCCGAGCCCUCAGUCAGUCUGCUUCAAUGGAGGCAGACGGCUCGCUGAACAGGCGUUGCUCAAGUUAUCAGGAUUUCACACAGAUAGGUGGCAGCAGUGAAUCAGUGGACUUUCCUAAACCCCCCUCUGAUGGAGAGGGUCCCUCCCAAAGGCACAGACACGUCAGCAGGACUUUGAGUGAACCGAGUCAGCUCAGUGGUGGGAGGAUGGGGACGUCUCACUCAGAACGCAGGGGGAGGCGGAGUGUGCGUCAGAGAAACAGCAGAACACCCAGCCCUCCUGAUUUUAGCAGAAGAAGAGUUUGUGGGCCACACCAAGAGGAAGAUUCUCUUCCUGGCCAAAACACGCCACCCAUGCAGACAGAAAUGAUGGGAACAGGUUCUUUGACCUCAAGAGGUCAGCUGGGAUCACGACCUCACACACCAGUGGGAAGGGUUGACAUUCGACCUCAUGAUGACUCGGUCAUGGUGCCCCAGAUGCUUUACUACGCACCUGCCUCACCUAAGCUGGAGUUCAAAUCCACUCCAAACACUCCAGUCACGGAAAGGUGGCAGAACCUAAGCAAGCCUACACCUACAUAUGGUUCUGUCCAUCAUACAUCGAGUGGGAGAAGACCUUUAGGAAAGAGCUACUCUACAGGGGCACAUGCAGACUUACUGCCCCCUUUGCCCCCAUCAUCGAGAGCCGCACAUGCUCCCCACAACCCACACCACCACCACCACCACCACCAUCACCAUCACCGCAGCAAUUUAUCUGUUUGUGUGCUACCGCCAGCUAUGUCCCCAAAGGCUGACCCGAGGGAAACCCCACCAAUCAGGCCUCUUGAAAGUGAUGCAGACGCUGUGCUGACAAGGUUGUGUGGGUGUGACAAGCUACUACAGUCUCUGUCCUUAGAACUGGCCCAGCUACAAAUGGAUAAGGACAGUGUCCAUUGUGCGUUAGAGGUGUCCAGACUGCAGCUGGAAGAGUGGAAAAGUCAGGGGCCCAGGGCCCAGGAAGAAGCACUAACCCAGAAGGCAUUGCUCCAGGAGGAGCUUGUCACAAUCCGGGCCCGAAUGUGUGAUGUAUCUUUGGAAAUGGAGAGGGUUUGGAGUCAAUAUGAGAGAAUGGAGAGUGAACUGUCGGUUAUCCGUUCUCACCUUCAGCACAUCUGCAACUUUGGAGUGCCACAGGAGCAGUCCCAGGCCCAGAGAGAGCUGUGGAUGAUGGAGGACAUCCUGGCUGGACUAAAGAUCAACAGGGAUCACUUCCGCUUCCUGUUGGGACUACAGAGGCACCACACUUUCCAGCCGACAACUCCACAUCCUGGAUCGCCUGGCUCCCCCACAGAGAGGCUGCAGAGUGGACUGCCAAUGGAUGUGGAACAAGAGCCACCAGUUCGUCCACCGUUACCCCAGGAGUUACAGGAAAGCCACCAGAGCAGGGAUGAGAGCCACGGCUGGACAGAGUCACCAUAUGAGGGAAUCUACAGCCACACUGUUGAUCCUGUACAGAGAAGAGGAAACAGCCAGCCUGACCUCCUUAAUGUGAAAGCACAGAAAGACACAUGCGACUCUCAGCCUGGUUCAAAGUGGAUCCCACCAGACACAACAAACCAGUCAACCAAGAAGAUGAAGAUGAGUGAAGAGGAGCAGAUUGAGCGGAUGAAGAGGAAUCAGGAGAGGAUGACUAAUAGGAAGAAACCCCCUAUAUCUGCUCCAGUUGCCCAAACCCAGAGUCAAAGUUCAGAGACAAGAAAGGAGGCCCCCUUUCCUCUCAGGGUGACACGAGUUGUUACAGCUGUACUGCCAUCUUCUCUCGUGGCCAGACGGGUUUCUGUUGAGGAUCCCCCGCCUGAGCUCGACAACCCACUGCCUGAGCAGAUCCCUAGUGAGAUGCAGCAAAGAUUGGCUGAGCAGAGUAAAAAAAUGUUGAACAAGCCACCCAGGCAUCUGUUGCUAGAGAGUCCUGAUCAAGACCAGUCCUCUGCAGAGAUGCACCAGGAUCAGUCUGUUAGAAAGACAAACAGACAGCAGCAGCAUCAGGGAAUACUGAGGUCCUCCAAGAAGGAGUCACGGUCAGAGGCGAGCAGCGUUGGGUCUCCUGAGACUUCAAGGAGUCAAGUUCGAGACCAAGCAGGUUUAGGAAAUGGAAGUGUGGGCUUGGACAUCAGGGCAGAGGAGCGGCCCUCUGACAUGGACCCAGACCUCUGUCUGACCCCUGGGCAGCGAGAAGCCAAACUGCGACGUGUGGAGAGAAUACGGGAAAGAGUCAUAAGAAGUGCAGUCAGAGAGAGUGCUACUUCACACAACCAACUGAUGAUCAGGGGGGAGGGACGGGAAGUUCAUCGGGUGCCCCCUGACGCACCUAGAAAACAAAAGAUGAAAGCAGAUCGUGAGUCUUACGAUGACAUCAGUAGUCCUGCAGAACUUCAGCUUUCUAGUGGAGCAUCUAAGGAUGAAAAUGAAAAAGAUGGGCAUGUCAAAAAAUCUAGAAGUCAACUCAAAUUUGGGAACAAAACACAACUUAAGGAUCACAGUGGAAAAACAGGGGUUGCCAAAACUAAAAUCAAACGCCCAGCGUCACCCUAUCACGUCUCAUCAGUGACAGUCUACCAGAAAGUUGGAGGCAAGGGAUUCACAAGUUGCAAGGAUGGAGAGGAUCAAAAGCUUGAAGAACCUGCCAGUGAUGAUAACGAAAGUGAUUUUUCGUCGUCCGAUCUGAGAUCCAAGUGGUUCCUCUCCACCAACCAGUGGCAAGGGUUCAUACCUUUGCAGAUCCCUGGCAUGGACUCAUUGUGCAGUGAGGAGAUAUCAGACACUGAGAACCAACCAGUAUGCACCGAUGAUGUGACUGAUUCCAAUGAAAUGUUGUCCACCGUCAGUGAAAGCUUAGAGAAAAUGAAAGAGAACCAUUCACUCUUCUAUAAGAUUGCAUGUGACAUUAGUAUUUCAGACACAGACAUAACAAAGAAUGAUGGGAAUUCAAAUGCUCAAACGUCAUCCAGACCAGAAGAAGAAGAAGAGUUGCUAAUCACUGAAUCUGUGCCAGAUGAACCGAAUGUUGAGAGAUCUUCCAACCAGGAGAGCUCAGAUUCCAGCUUGCAUAUGCCAUCAGAUGUUAAUGAAAAAAGAGUCUCAAAUAAUAACAAACUGCAAGAUUCAACACUGGAAACGCAGGACAAAGCAGCAUUAAAUACCUCAGACAGUCCAGCAAAAGAGGCUUGUGUUUAUAAAGAGAUCCCUCAAAAAGAAUGUGAAGACACAUUAAGGCACAAAAACCAGUUAGAGAAAGUUAGAGAAACUAUCCAAGGAGUUUCUGUUCAGGACACUGACUCUGAUCAGGCCCCGGAUGAAAAUGCCAAAACGAGAGAAGAAAACAGUGUGGCAAAAGAGUCAGAAGACAGGAAGGUGGACAAAGAGAGAUCCGAAGAGCCGAAGAAAUGUCGCAGUUUAAGUGAGGAGAGCAAAGAGACAGUCCAGGAACGAGGCAACAACCACUCCAUCACUCCAUCCAGCUCUGUGUAUGAGGGUGGAAGUGUGAUCCGGAGUGCCUCUUUUGGGAAGGCAAGAGUUACAGUAUUAAGGACAAGUUUGUAGAGGCAAGAACAGUGGUGACUUAAGGAGCUUAAAUGAAUGAACUUGGGAAGGACAAGAACACAGUUAAGUGAUUCAUGGUAAAGGAAAAAUGACUAAGGAGGAGGACUUUAAGUCAUUGAAGGAAUUUGGACCUAACUUUGGAUUAGAAAAGGUAAAAUGGGAACAUACUAUAAAAGAAAUAUGUCAUACUGUUUGGUAAACAUGAACAUUUCCAUUAAUCAUAAUAUGUGGUUUGAAAUGGAUGCAGAUAAAACAGAAAGUCUUAAGAAGAUUUCAUGAAAAUAAAAACUGUGUAUGCAAUAUAUAGUGUUGUUCUUGCAGUUGAUGUUAAACACCAAAUACCUUAUGUAUAGUUGCAGUCAAAUACAUACCAGUAUUUGAGGUUAACACUCAUUCCUCUCAAAAUAUGCAUCUAACAUAACACAGCAAUUUUACAUGAUGGCUGCUUAUGGAUGGCAACAUAACCCUGUUAUUGUCACUGUGACUAAAUGUGUUUUGUAUCUCAAAUAUCCUGAUUAAUAAACAUGCGUGUGUGUCUGAUGAAAAA